AUGGUUCUUUCUCUCCAUAGAUGUGACGCAGACCCCUCGGCCUUAGCCAACUAUGUCGUGGCAUUAGUCAAGAAAGACAAACCAGAGAAAGAGCUGAAAGCUUUCUGUGCUGACCAGCUGGAUGUCUUCCUGCAGAAAGAAACUUCAGGUUUUGUAGAUAAACUUUUUGAAAGUCUCUACUCAAAGAGUUACCUUCCUUCUCUUGAACACACAAAAGUAGAAGCGAAGCCUGCAGGUCAGGAAAAAGAAGAAGUGAAGGAGGAGAAUUUUCAAGAGCCAGUUGAAGAAGAGCGGGAUAGCAGGAAAAAGAAGUAUUCCAGUCCACAGAGGAGCCGUGGAGACACCAGUGAGCAAAGAACCAGAGAGAAGAAGAGAGACGAUGGGAAGUGGAGAGACUACGACAGGUACUACGAGCGGAGCGACUCGUACCGGGAGAAGUCGGGCUGGCGGCGCGGCAGGAGCAAGAGCCGCAGCAAGAGCCGCGGGCUGAGCCGGAGCCGCAGCCGCAGCCGGGGCAGGAGCAAGGACAGGGAGGCCAGAAGUGCUGAGCACCGAGAGAGAUCCAAAUUCAAGAGUGAAAGAAAUGAUGCUGAAGGCUCCUAUAACCCAGUGCCCGCGUCUCCCAGUAAAUCCUCAGAGCAGUAUUCCUCUGCACAGGCUAUUCCCAGUGCUGUCACUGUGAUUGCACCUGCGCACCAUCUGGAAAACACAACAGAGAGCUGGUCAAAUUUCUAUAACAAUCACAGCAAUCCCCCUUCAUUUGGCAGAAACCCUCCUCCUAAAAGAAGAUGUCGAGAUUACGAUGAGCGAGGAUUUUGUGUGCUUGGUGAUCUUUGCCAGUUUGAUCAUGGAAAUGAUCCUUUAGUAGUAGAUGAAGUUUCCUUGCCAAGUAUGAUUCCUUUUCCUCCACCACCUCCGGGACUUCCUCCUCCUCCUGGAAUGCUUCUGCCCCCCUUGCCAGGGCCAGCUCGUAACAUGAGGUUGCCAGUUCCACAAGCUCAUCCCCAGGCACCACCUCCUGUUGUGCUUCCUGUACCAAGACCACCUUUAACACAGUCAAGUUUGGUAAAUAACCGUGACCAGCCUGGGACAAGUGCAGUGCCCACUCUUGCACCCGUGGGAGCAAGGCUGCCUCCUCCUCUACCCCAGAACCUGCUCUACACAGUUACGGAACAUACAUAUGAGCCAGAUGGCUAUAACCCUGAAGCUCCUAGUAUUACCAGUGCUGGUAGAUCUCAGUACCGACAGUUCUUUACGAGAGCACAAACGCAGCGUCCAAAUCUAAUUGGCCUAACAUCUGGGGAGAUGGAUACAAAUCCAAGAGCUGCCAAUAUUAUCAUCCAGACUGAACCUCCCAUUCCCAUUACAAAUAAUAGCAGCAAUGUAACUAGAGUUGUCCUUGAACCAGACAGCAGGAAGAGAUCUCCAAGUAGCAUGGAAUGUCCACCACUGAAGAAACCGUGGCUGGGAAAGCAAGCAAAUAACAACCAGAAUAAGCCAGGGUUCUUGAAGAAGAAUCAGUAUACGAAUACAAAAUUAGAAGUCAGAAAAAUCCCACCAGAAUUGAACAAUAUUACACAGCUCAAUGAACAUUUCAGCAAAUUUGGGACUAUUGUAAAUAUUCAGGUUGCUUUCCAGAAUGAUCCUGAGGCUGCUCUAAUCCAGUACUUGACUAACGACGAGGCCAGGAAGGCCAUUUCCAGCACAGAGGCUGUUCUGAACAACCGGUUUAUCCGGGUGCUGUGGCACAGAGAGAGUGAUCAGCAGCCCCCACUGCUGCAGCAGCAGCAGCAGCAGACCCCUCCUCAGCCUCUUCAUCACCAGCUUCAUCUUCAGCAGCAAGGCCUGACCACAGCUCCAGCUGUAACAGUGCACAGCAGCCUGACAAAGGUGAUGAAUAAACCUCUGGCAUCUGGCGCGUAUGUCCUUAACAAAGUCCCAGUCAAACGUCGCCUUGGAGCAGCAGGGGGAAGCCAGCCUGACUUGAGCCAGCCAGGGGCAGUGGUGGAGGACUCUCAGACAUUUCCUACUUCUACAAGCCACUCAAAAAUGGUUUACAGCUCUUCAAACUUAAAGACAUCUAUGAAGCCUGGUGCAGGGUCUAAACCUCAUGAUGUGCAAGAAGCCCUUAAAAAAAAACAGGAGGCAAUGAAACUCCAACAAGACAUGAGGAAAAAGAAGCAGGAGAUGUUAGAAAAACAAAUAGAAUGCCAGAAGAUGUUGAUAUCCAAGCUGGAGAAAAAUAAGUCCAUGAAACCAGAAGAGAGAGCAGAAAUAAUGAAGACUUUAAAAGAACUAGCAGGAAAAAUAUCUCAGUUAAAGGAUGAAUUAAAAACAUCAUCUACAACUUCGACACCAUCAAAAUUGAAGUCCAAGACAGAGGCACAAAAGGAACUUCUAGAUGCAGAGCUGGACUUUCAUAAGAGACUCUCUUCUGGAGAGGACACAACUGAGCUACGGAAAAAGCUGAAUCAGUUACAAGUGGAGGCCGCCCGCCUGGGCAUUUUGCCGGUUGGUCGAGGCAAGGCGGUGCCAGCCCAAGGAAGAGGACGAGGACGGGGUCGUGGUGGGAGAGGAAGGGGCAUGUUGAAUCACAUGGUCGUGGAUCAUCGUCCCAAAGCACUGACAGUUGGAGGCUUUGUCGAGGAGGAGAAAGAUGAAUUGUUACAGCACUUCUCUAAAUUUGGAGAUAUAGAAGAUCUUCAGGAAGAGGAUUCCCCAUUAAGUGUUGUUCUGACUUUUAAAUCUCGCUCAGAAGCUGAGAAUGCUGCUAACCAGGGGUCCCGCUUCAAAGACCGGAGGCUGCAGAUCUCGUGGUACAAACCGAAGGUUCCCUCUGUGUCCACAGAAAUUGAGGAAGAGGAGCCUAAGGAAGAGGAGACUGAAACCUCAGAUUUAUUUUUGCACGAAGAUGAUGAUGAUGAUGACGAAGACGAGGAUGAAUCCCGUUCCUGGAGAAGAUGAAACUUGAUGUUGGAAAUGUAUAAUUUUAGGAAUAUAGUUCAAGCUACAUCUUUUAAACAUUUAUUUAAGGAAGUUGAUGAGCCAAAAAAAAGCUUUACUUUAUUUUCAAACCACAAGAUUUAAAGUGAGCAAGUUUGAUAUCCAAACAUGUGGGAUGUAGAGCUGAGACCCUCAGCUGGCCAAAGGCCCAGGAACGUUUUACGUCAUUAUCAGCUCACCAGGGUGGUGAUUUUUUUCUAUUUAAGAAGGAUAAAAAGAAAAAGGGGAAAAAAUACUAGUAUUUUCUUGUCCUCUUUGUGUGUCACCUGUAUUACCUUGUUUUGGGUUUUUUUAUAAUGUGAUUGAUUUGUUAGUUUAUAAUUGACAAGAUAUUACAGGUUUUAUUUAGCAAUAUUAUGGGGUUGGGGAAAAGAGUCAAACUUUCAUUAAAUGUUAUGA